CUCUCAGAUGUAGCUGCCGAGAGGAACGCGUGGAAAGUGGUUGCAGAGUGAAAGUUUCCCCCUGACAAAACUAUUAGCCUUGGGAAAGAAGCUGGGGGACAAACUUUUGGAUGUUCUAAAGAUAAAGGACAGAGUUCACAAGACCUACGUUGAGGCUUGUCCUAGAUUGAGAAAGAAUCUGCUACAGCUUCCUGGUUUAAAAAUGCUCGCCCGCAGAGGUAUGCUCACAGUAAGCGAGGCUGCAUCGCUGGCCGAGACCCAGGCCCAUUUCAAGGCUAUGAAACCUUGGUGGGAUGUUCUCAUGGAUUAUCUACUUAUAAUUAUGCUUAUGACAUCGUUCUUCUCUGCAACACUCCUCAUCACCAUGGACAAUGUUGUCUGUAUGCCAAAGACUUCAAAGCUUAACAAGAACAUGUCAAAUGACGAAAGUGAUGUCGGCAUGACUACACAACUAACUUCAACUGUGCCAAGAGACAUGGGUCACCUAACUAAUUUAGACUACCAGCAAUAUAGGUAUGUGAGUGUCGUUUGUUACCACAAAGUCGUACCUUGGCAGUCCAAAUAUUUUCCUUACUUGGCCCUUAUCAACACUUUGAUGCUACUGGUGAGCAGCAAUUUCUGGUUCAAGUAUCCUAAAACGUCUUCUAAGGUUGAACAUUUCCUUUCCAUUCUGCGCAAAUGUUUUGAAUCUCAGUGGACCACUAAAGCACUUGAAGAAACCAGUGACCAGCCACCUCCAGAACAUAGCCGUCAAAAGUCCAGCAGCUCGCGCUCCAUGGACAUCUCCUCUAGGACACCACUGCUAAAUGAAGUGCCAUUUUCAUUUGCACCAUUUUCUUUACCUGCAAUCUUGGACAAAAAGGAGGAACAACAAGCUAAAGCUUUAUUUGAAAAGAUACGUCAUUUCCGAACUCUUGCUGAGGACUCAGAUGUUGUAUAUAAAGUUUAUGUUAGUCAGACCUUUUUUAAAGUGAUCCAAGUCGCUAUAACCCUUGGGUACUCACUCAGUUUGGUAGGUUCAUUUAGCUUCCACCAUAUUUGUAGACCAGGUAUAAAGAAUCUCAUGGGAUAUUCCAUGUUUACGUGCACACAUAACUUGGCCUUCAUACUAGAAAAACUUCUGCUGACCUAUAUUGUGCUUGUUUGCGUCUAUGCUUUCCUGUCUGCUUAUGCACUGUUUUGGUUAUUUACUAGUUCACUCAAGGUGUACUCCUUUGACAAAAAUAGUGAAGGACCUGGCUUUAGCGAUAUCCCUGAUGUGAAAAAUGAUUUUGCCUUCAUGUUACACAUGGUAGACCGCUAUGACACGUUGUAUUCAAGCAGAUUUUCUGUGUUUCUCUCAGCUGUAAGCGAAGGGAGGCUCAGAGAGCUAGCACUUAAUUCUGAGUGGCCAUCAGAAAAGCUGAGACAGAUGAUCAACAAGGACACCAAUGGACGCGUUGAGCUGCAACUGUCAAUGAUCCCUGUGAUACCAAAAGAUGUUUAUGAAUUGCGUGAGAUUGAGGUUCUCAAGCUAGAGUUGAUCUCAUCAGCAAAGGUUGUAGGAGCAGUGUCUCAACUCAAGUCUCUCUCGGAGCUCCACAUCAGUCACUGUUCAGUGAAAAUGGACCCUGAUGCAUUCGCUUUCAUUCAGGAACGAUUACAAGUGCUUCACGUUAGAUUCACAGACAUGGAAGAACUUCCAUCUUGGAUGUACUAUUUGAAGAAUUUAAGUCAUCUGAUUCUUUCUGGCAACCUCAAUUGCUCCAACAACAAGUCAAUUCGUCUACAGUCUCUACGAGGAUUGUCUGGACUUAGGUCACUUUCUCUGACGAGUAAUUUUUCUCAAUUACCUUCAGCAGUGCUGGAUGUGGCCUGGCAGCUGUCAAAAUUGAGUAUACAGAAUGGAGACACUGAGCUCAGGUCUCUGGGUCAGUUGAAACGCAUGAACCACUUACUGGUGCUUCAACUUUGCCACUGCAAGCUCUCAAGGAUUCCUGGCGCACUUCUUGACUUAACAAGUUUGCAAUGUAUUGAUUUAACAUCCAACCGCCUGCGAUAUGUUGAUGAACUAGGAAACCUUCAGCGUCUUCGAAGCCUUAACAUUUUAAGAUUAUCCCACAAUGCAAUCUGCCGCCUUCCACCAUCUAUUGAGCUGCUACGGAACUUGGAAGAGCUCUCCAUUUCUUACAACAACCUGGAGAAUUUGCCAGUUUCUCUUUUUAAUCUUGUUAGGUUAAGACACUUAGAUAUAAGCUAUAAUCGCAUUCGAUUUAUCCCCCAUGAAGUUGGUCACUUAACACGUCUGGAAACACUGGCAAUCAUAUCUAACCAAAUUUCUUCUCUACCACGGCAGCUGUUCCGUUGCUCUAGACUCAGAUCCCUCCACGUUAGUUCUAAUAAACUUUCCAGUCUGCCUUCUGAGAUUGAAAAGCUACCCCUUCUGUCCAGCUUGGACCUUAUGGGGAACAACUUGACUGAAUUGCCAAGGGAGAUAGGAAAUUGUUUACAGCUGAAGAAAGGAGGGCUUGAUGUGGAAGAGCAUGUCUUAGGAACACUACCUCCAGAAGUGAGGAAAAAAUACUUGUAAAUGGACAAUACUUUAUUUGAUGAGACAUUCCUCAAGAGUCUUAAAGAGUUUUUGUGGUAAUUAAGAUUUUAAGCAAGUAGGCGCACCCUGCCCCCAAACAGAAUAUUCAUACUUAUCUGUUCUAUGCCGCUCCAGUCCUACGCUCUUUCUCCAUCUUCUGGUCUCCACACUGUUUUCUUCUGGCAGUACAUGGGCAUUGUUACGUGGUGAUAUGGCCACAAGCAGCACAUCACCACUGAAGUCAGUCAUUGGCUGGAGCGGUUCACGUGACUAAACCCAUGGCCAGCCAGAUGUAAACAGUGCAGGGACCGAAAGAUGGGGACAACGUGGUAGACCUGGGCAGCAUGGAACAGGUAAGUAUGAGUUUUCUGUUUGAGGGUGCAGGCUGGGGGCACUUGAUAAAAAAAUUGUUAUUGCUGGAAACC